AUGGGCGCACUAACAUUCACGGCAUUUGGCCUCGUCGCCUUGGCUUCGGUAGUAGUAGCACAGCAAUUUCCAGGAAACUUCCCAGGCAACGGCAACGGUAAUGGCAAUGGGUUUGGGAAUGGCAACGGCGGCAAUGGAUUCGGAGGAAACUUCAACAACUUUGUCGGCUUCAACAUCCAGGAAGCGAUGCACACACGAAGAAUCCACGGCAUAUUAGGGACAAUCGCUUUCGUCAUCGUGUUCCCUAUCGGGUCGAUCGCGAUGAGAAUCAUUCCCGGACGCUUUAGCUGGCUUAUUCACGCCCUCAUUCAGAUGGCCGGCUUCGUUCUCUACAUCGCUGCUGCCGCCUUGGGUAUCAAGUUGACACAAGAAGUCACAUUUGGUGGAACAAGCCUGUACGAGAUCAGUACUAUCAACUUCCACCCAAUCAUCGGCCUCGUCCUUCUAGCCAUCUUCUUCUUUCAACCCAUCUUCGGCUACAUCCACCACGUUCAGUUCAAGAAGUACGGCGUUCGCCAGAUUUGGUCACACAUCCACCUGGUCAUCGGCCGCCUCCUUAUCCCACUCGGCAUCAUCAACGGCGGUCUCGGCUUAUACAUUUCCAACUCUCCCAAAGAGUUCAAGAUUGCCUACGCCAUUCUCGCUGCCGUCUUUGGCAUUGCGUGGAUCUUCGUCUCAGUCAUCAGCGAAAUCCGUCGUGGCCGACAACCGGCUGUGGUUGUUGUCGAGGAGCACAAGCUUAGGAAACGGUCCCGUGGUCGUAACAGCGGAAGCCGGGGCUCGUCGGACUCGGAUCCGAAGAUUUAA